AUACCCUCCUGUCCUUCGUAAAUGACCAUUUCAUUAAUUUCAUUAGUUAAUUACUAAUUUACCCUCAAGACAUUCGUUUCAUACCCAUCGAGUACACCCACUGUAAAUACCGUCAGAUGAUAAGAGCAAGAUCCGUGUUCUUCUUUCUAGUCUGUUUUGAUGGAGACUCCAUACCCAAAACCCAUAAACCCGAGCCAGACCCGAGUGGGCUGGAUCGGCAUCGGCGUCAUGGGCUCGGCCAUGGCCGCCCGUCUCCAAGCCGCCGGCUACAUCCUCACCGUCUAUGCUCGCAACCCCUCCAAAGCCGCCCAAUUGCAGAGCCAUGGGGCCCACCUCGCCGCCUCCCCUGCUAAAGUCGCCCGACUGAGCGACGUCGUCUUCACCAUGGUGGGCCACCCAUCCGACGUUCGCUCCGUCUAUCUCGGCGAAGCCGGCAUCCUCUCCGGCCUCUCCGAAGGCGGCGCCGUCAUUGACCACACAAGCAGCCACCCGGCGCUCGCUCGUGAGAUUGCUGCCGCGGCCCGCGAUAAGGGAUGCUGGGCCGUCGAUGCGCCGGUCUCGGGAGGGGACAUUGGAGCGAGGGAGGGGAAAUUGGCGAUCUUGGCAGGCGGGGAUUGCGGUGUGGUGGGAUGGCUGUCGCCGCUGUUUGAGAUAAUGGGGAAGGCGACGUAUGUAGGCGAGCCGGGGUGUGGGCAGAGCUGCAAGAUUGCGAACCAGAUCACAGUGGGGGGGAAUUUGUUGGGUUUGAGUGAGGGGCUGGUGUUUGCAGAGCGUGCAGGGAUCGAUUUGAGGAGGUUUCUGGAGGCGGUGGGCGAUGGGGCGGCAGGGUCGAAGGCGAUGGAGUUGUUUGGGGAGAGGAUGAUUGGAAGAGAUUUUAGGCCAGGUGGGUUUGCAGAGUAUAUGUUGAAGGAUUUGGGGAUGGGACUGGUUGGCGGGGAUGGUGAGGAGGAAGGUGGAUCGGCGGUGUUGCCUGGAGCUGCUCUGUGCAAGCAAUUGUAUGUGGGAAUGGUGGCUAAUGGGAACGGAAAGAUGGGACAUCACGGUCUUAUUACUGUUAUAGAGAGGAUCAAUGGCAAGAGGGUCACACACCCGAUGAAUGGGUGGAUCUCCUUCAUCGUUUGGAUGCCUGUAAGUUGCAAAGGAGUUGCAAAGGCUUUACAAGCUGUAAACAGGUUACUGCCUAAGCCCAGUAAACAGGCAUGUUUCGUACUUGCCCUUAAAAAGGCUGCCAUCUUAUCUCAUCCCUUCCCUCCAACCAAAGCAAGUCAGAGAGAUAGCAAGAUGGCCAAUGGUGCACUCUGCGCACCGCCGUCAUCCUCCCUUCACUCCUCCCUUAUCCAACGCCACCACAACACUCUCCUUCCUCUCUGUCCUUCAACCAUCUCUUUCUCUCUCAAAAAGCGUACUGCUACUUUCACUACAAGAGCACUGCUUUCUUCUACAAGAGAAUCUGUUCUCAAAAGCUUCCAUGAAAGAAACGCUCUCAAGAUCAUUUCAGGCCUGCAAAAUUUUGAUAGAGACAAUGUAGCAUCUGUUAUUACAGCUGCGGACAAGGGGGGAGCAACCCAUGUGGACAUAGCUUGUGACCCAGAGCUGGUGAAGCUUGCCAUCAACAUAACUUCACUUCCGAUUUGUGUUUCCUCCGUAGAUCCGGAAGCAUUCCCUGAUGCAGUUGAAGCAGGCGCCCACAUGGUCGAGAUUGGAAAUUAUGACUCUUUCUAUGAGAUGGGCCGGCUAUUCUCUCCAGACGAGAUUCUGAAGCUAACAAAGGAAACAAAGAGAAUUCUUCCAUCUGUAACACUAUCUGUCACCGUGCCCCAUACACUUAGCCUACCUGAUCAGAUCAAGCUAGCGGAAUUACUGGAACAAGAAGGUGCUGACAUUAUUCAAACCGAAGGAGGAAAAUGCUCUAAUCCUUCAAAACCAGGUGUUCUAGGCCUCAUUGAGAAGGCAACUCCAACACUCGCAGCUGCUUAUUCUAUUUCACGGGUGGUCAAGAUUCCUGUUAUGUGCUCAUCUGGACUGAGCGCUGUUACUGCCCCAAUGGCCUUGACAGCAGGAGCAGCUGGUGUGGGUGUCGGUUCUGCAGUGAAUAAACUCAAUGAUGUGAUCGCAAUGAUGGCAGAGGUCAAAAGUAUUGCUGAAUCCUUGGGCCUUUCAGCCAAUUGUUCAAACAAAGAAAUGAGAGCUCUUGUGCCAUAGUAUCAUUUUAUUCAUUUGAGAACUGAAAUAUACAAGUGAGUGCAUUUGAUAUGAAA